AUGUCAUGGGAUGAGCUACUCGAUCGUGGAGAUCAGCCUUUCAACAUCUUCUUCCCACCCGUUUGCGGUGUUCACUCUUCCCUCACACUAAAGGCUGUUGUUCUGCAUCCUUGCGACAAUCAGGAUAGUGUACUGCUUGACAUGAGUGGCAUCAGCCUUUGUGUUGUUGACACGGAUACAGGCCAUGAACAAUUUGUCACAUACAUGGCAAGCAAGACAGUUUCUCACCUGAACGAUGCUGUAGAGCAUUUUCAGUUAGUUCUGGACCAAUGUCUGGUUGGUCAUCCUGACCGGGCAGCGGCUCUCACCAACCUCGCAUGGGCCCGUCUCAAAGGCUACAUUCAAAAAGACCUUCGCCGUGAUCUUCGAGCAGCGCGUUAUGGCCCAGUCAUCAUCCUCAUUGCAAGCCAAUACUCAUGCAGUGCCAUCAUUGUCCCAACGUCAGGAGAGCCCCAUCAUGUUCGCUUCCCAUGUAUCACUCUCACACAUCUGGAGACGCUCAGGAAGGACUUUGCCAGGGAGAUAUGGCAAGCAUCUUUUAUGCACCCGGAGGAGAUGAGGAAGAAAUUGCAAGCCCUCUUGCAGAUGGAUGUGGGCGGGAACUAUGCCUGGGGGAUGUCUAUAUCUGUUCUUACACGCCAACACUCAGCUCUAAUCAGAUCUAGACGGAUGAUGAAGACACAUGUGACUCUGUCCUUUGCAGCAAUCAAACAAGGUUCACCAGGCGUAGGGCAAGGUGAGGCACUCUUGACUAUCGACAGCGAGCUUGAGAUCGUUCGCAAGCUUGUCCCCACAAUGGCCAACCCCACCACUCUCUCCGGCGACAACACCACAGGAGCAGGUGUGCUCGACACUUUGCAAUGCAACACCUGGGUGCACCUCGCUUGUCAUGGAAAGCAGGACCGCGAGCCGCCUUACAAUUCACGUUUCACUAUGAGAAAUGAACCUCUCACGCUGUUCGACAUCAUGGAGAAUGACACUCCCCAUGCUGAGUUUGCAUUCUUGUCAGCAUGUCAUACUGCCGUUGGCGAUGAGAAGAUGCCCAUCGAGGUCAUCCACCUUGCAGCUGGACUCCAAUUUUCUGGGUUCAAGAGCGUCAUUGGCACUCUGUGGGUGGUCGAUGAUGCUGUCAUGAAACAUGUGGUCGAAGCUUUUUAUGAAAUUUUGUUCAGUAAUUUGGAGGACAGUGGUGUCAUGGACUGUACGAAAGUGGCCUGGGCACUCAACCGUGCUACAAACGCUGUGAAGACUAAAGUGCCGCUUGAGCAGAGGAUGGUUUUCAUUCAUAUUGGUGUGUAGUUCCAUGCCGUAUUGCUUUGGUCUGUUACUGUUUCACAGGUUGUUUAGAUUGCUGUAUUUUU